GCGGUGGCGGUUCGGGGGGUUCUGUGAGGCUGGCGGGGGUGGGCGGGCGCGCAGCCGCCGACCCCUGGUGGUCCCCCGGGCUUGGGCCCUUUCCGGAGGAGUCGGCUGCAGGCGGGGAGGGAAUUGCUGGGAGGCUGAGAGCUGCUCGGCCGCGAGUCCUGUGGGGUCGCGAGCAUGUGGUUUUGGCCAAAUUGGGCGAGGGCACAAAAUAACCACUUACCCCUUCUCACCGAGGAAGAACGGGAGAAAGGGUAUGGCACAGUCAAAAGGCUGGGUGAGAAGAUACUUCAAGGCUUUCUGUAAAGGCUUUUUUGUAGCGGUGCCCGUGGCCGUGACUUUCCUGGAUCGGGUGGCCUGUGUGGCCAGAGUGGAGGGAGCGUCAAUGCAGCCUUCUUUGAAUCCUGGGGGGAGCCAAUCAUCUGAUGUAGUGCUUUUGAACCACUGGAAAGUGAGGAAUUUUGAAGUACAACGUGGUGACAUUGUGUCAUUGGUAUGCUGUCAUCAGAUUAUAGAUCCCAAUCUUACGGAGCCACCUUGAAAUGAGUACUGGAGUUUGGCAGUUGAUUGUGCUUAGUCCAGUUCCUGAAACUUCACAUCAAAAUCCCUCUACAAAACUGAGAGUAAUUGGCUCUAUUUUUAUCAAGCUCAACAAAAAGCAGAAAUGCUAGAUUUCAUCUGUCAUUUCAUUCAAUAAACAUUUGUUGGUAGCUAUUAUGUGCUAGACAUUCUGGUAGCAAUAGAAAGGUGAAUAACCCUGGGAUGUUGCCCUCAAGGAGUAAGCAGACAGUGGGGAACACACACACACACCUAUGCGUACAAGUACUUUGUAGAGGGUGCAGCCCUGGGUUUUGAAGGUUAGGUAGCAGUUCUAUAUGUAGAAGAGAAGGAAAGGGGCCCUGUAUGCUAUCAUAUGAACAGUGGGAAAAAACAUUAAAAAAUUUUAAGUAGAAGAGUAAUACCAAUCAUUAUCUGAUGUAUUCUGUGAAGAUAUAUUCUAUGAAUAUUCUAAAAAAGUCAGAUACUAGAGACUGAAACUGCCACUGAAAAUUCUAGAUAAAUUGUCAUAACUGCGUGCUAGUCCCUGUGCUGGUAUGGCUAUGAGGAUGAAUAAGGUGCAUUCUUGCCUUCUCCAAACUCACUACUAAAUUGAGGGAUAUAGGUAAUUCAAAACAAACUGCAAUUCAAAGCGCUAAAUGUUGUAAUAAUGUUACAACAAAGUGUUAGGGGAAAACUCCAGGUGAUUAAUGUUUUGUUUUUGUAAAUUUCUUUCUCUCAUUGGUUAUUUUUAAUGCCCCCCCCUUUUUUUUUUGACAAUCAGCUCCAGUGAGUUAAAUUACAUAAACUACAAUGCAUCCUUUUUAAAAAGAAGUGAAAAAUAUUUAGGAAUAUUUUUCCUCAUGAAGGAUAAAGACUGUAAUCCUAUUCUUUAUGAGAAAAAUAUUCAAAUUUGGUAAGGCCCAAAUUUGACUUCCUGUAUUUAGAUUUUUAUAACAUUGAAAGUGCACCUGUAUUUCAGAAACAGGCCUUAUGCUGAGAAGGUGAUAUGAGGUCAUUAAAUUGAGGUAUAUUUCAUAGAAAGAAUAGUAAUCACUGUAGUUUUGACUGAGAGGGACAAAAAAAAUUUUAUUGUUCAUGUUAGUUUUAAAACACAGAGUAAAGCAAAAACUAUUUAAAAGAUAUAUCAAUUCUUGAGGUUUCUGGGUGGCUCAGUCGGUUGGAUAUCUGACUUCGGCUCAGGUCAUGAUCUCACGGUUUGCGAGUUCGAGCCCUGCGUAGGCUCUGUGCUGACAACUCAGAGCAUGGAGCCUGCUUUGGAUUCUAUGUCUCCCUCUCUCUCUGCUCCUAUCCCACUCACGCUUUGUCUCUCUCUGUCUCAAAAAUAAAUAAAACAUUUAAAAAAAUUUAAAAAAAUAAAAAAAGAUAUAUCAAUUCUGAAAGCACAUUAGUUCUAAGAGUAUCAAAGGAAUCAACAAUAAUAAACACUUCUAGAUUUUUGCAAUUAAUCAGUUAGGCUAACGAUUAGAGCCUAGGCCUCUUUAUGGAUGAGAUCUCAGUCAUUGAGUUACACCCUAAAGAUUGGUUAGGCCACAUUGUUUUAUUGGGAGAGCCUGUCAUGAUAGCAUCUCAAUCCUUAACCUCCUUUCUGAAUUACAAAAAAAAAUGUAUAUCCAUCCCAUUGAUCAUCAAUGUGAUCUCCUAUACAAAAAUUAAAAGCCUUUAAAUAUUUCUGAAAAUAUGUUCAUGUUGAUAUGAGAUAAAGUCAGAUAUGUGCCAGACUUCUUUCAUAUUUUUUUUUGUUAUUAAUGAAAUUAUACAUGUAUUCUUUGGAAAACUUAGAAAUACAAAAUAAAAUGAAGAAGACAAUGAAAAGAGAGUCAUUACACACAUUUUGAUCUAAGUCAGUUUUAUUUAAAUAAAGAUAUCAAAAUAAUCCCUGCAAAUUUGGGGUAUUAUAUUUUACAUUUCAUGAUAUUUGGGGAUCUGUACUAUAUACCCGAAAUUUGUGGUACUUUCCAGAAAGCAUCUACCAUACUCUUUCCUUCCCUUUUCCACUUUUCCCCAGAGGUACCUUCAGCUAAUUCUCAACUACUUCUUGUGAAAAACAAUGCACAUAGAGACCGCUGGAAUUGAGACCUCACCCAGAGUGGUGACAGGCUCACAGGGAGGCUGCCGUUUCAAGGACCAGGUUCUAGGAGUUUGUUCUCAGCGUUGCAGGUCCUGAAAAUGGACUCUUCAGUAUCUAAAAGUUUAUCAGUCUUUCUGGGAUAGACCUGAAGCAAAUUCAUGAACACAUAUGAUAUUACUGAUCCGUAAAUCAGUGUGCUAAUUGAUUAAUUGUCGUUCAAGUUUCGCCCUAAGGAAAUGGAUUUCUUUUGGAAGCCCCAAAGCCAGCUGAUCUCACUGAGCUUCACGCUGCUGCCCAUCUGAGUUCCUGCCAGAAUGCCAAUCCUUUUCCAAUAAUCUUCCCUCCCUCUCUUUUGCUCAUGUCGUACUCUUGACUCCUUUUCCCUUCCCAGUUUCCCAGUCUUCCCAACCCUUGCAACUCUCUAGAGACUCCACUUCAUAGCAAAACAAAACAAUCUCCCAAAACAAAAGUUUCCCCCCUAUAUUCUUAGACUUGUCAAGGAGUUCUCUUAAUUCUACUUCCUGUCACAACUAAAAUCUGAAAUCUGAGGCCACUUCCCCCAAUAUCAGACCUUCCCUCUCUUAGACAGUCAAACUUUGAAAUUCUUAUUCUAAAUCAUCCCUUCAUAGAUGUCAUGUAGAUCAUUCUUCUUUGGGCACAUUGUUUUUCUUUUAAGGAGAAUGGCAAGGAUGGUAUUUAAGUUUUCUUAUUGACAUUUACCUUCUAUCAUGCUUCUUAAAGUAACAUCUUGAUUUUGGAUAUUGAGGUACAGGCAGUUUAAUCUAUUUUCAGGUUUUUUUCUCAGAAAAAAUAUUUAAUAUGUAAUAUUUAAUAUGUAAAUAGGUGUAUGCACAGAUAUGGGUGUGUAUAUACAUAUAUAAAUGUACAUGUAUGUGAGCUCGUGAUAUUUCUACAAAUGGCUGAAUGUUACAUUUUGACCCUUCUCAAUUCAUUCUCAGGAUAUUAACUUCAUUUCCAUUUGGGAUGCAAUGUUUGCUGUUGUCCUCUUUCUCUACCCUACAGCCGCUAGUAUAUUUUUGCUUUGGAAGAAAGCUAUCUCCAUAAAUACUGUGGCAUUUAUUUGCUGUAAAAGGCUUUAGCUGCACGUUUUACUUGGACAUUGAUUUCUCAUCAUGUGACAGAAAUGGCAAGGUUAGCAUUUUAGGGGAGCUUCUCUUCUGUUAACAAUAUCUUCAUCCCCUCAUUAGUUUAAUUCAUGAUAAUAAUCCAGACAAGCUUUGACCAUUAAAUCCUUUUAGGCUGCAGAGUUUCCCAAAGGCCAUUCUUCGUUUUUGAAUAAUUAGUUUUUUCAAUUCAUUUUAGUGUAUGAAGGUAAUAGUAUAUGGGAAUUCAUUUUCUUCUGAUGCUAUAAACUUUCCAUUAAUGUAUGAGAUUAACUUUUAUGUUUUUCUUUUCCUGUAGAGCUGACUGUUAGAGUAUCCAAUAGAGUAUUUUGUAGUAUUCAGACUAAAGCUCUUUUGGGGAGUUUGUGGUUUUAAUAGGUGUUCCUUCAAUUCUGUUCCUUCCAUCACACCUUUUUCUUUUAUUGCACGGGAAAUGAUGAGGUCUCUCCAAAAAGCAUUUAUGAAAUCCCUGAAGAACCCUGGUAAAGGUACUGAGAUUGAUUUUUGUGUUUCUUUUUAAAAAAAUACUCAAAGAAAUUUGAGAAGCCCAUAUCCUUUGGAAGCUUAAUAUUAAAAAAAUUGUCUACCCUAUCUAAAAAAUUGCCUUGUUAUGCCAUUAUUAUUUCUGACAAAUAGAUCAGGUAGAGUUACAAAGAACAAAAGAAUUAACUUUAAGUUAUUUCUCCUCAAAAUUAGAAGAGAGUCUCACAGAAUAAUAUAUAGGAUAUUCUAACUUUGCAUAGUCAUGAUUACAGAAUUAAAAUCUCAAAGCACUUUCUAGAGAUAAGAAAAAGCAGUGCAGGAAUAAAUAAUCAAGAUUGGCUGCUUCCAAACAGCAACUGUAUGUAAGUACCUAAAACAAGAAUUGCUUUGUGAGGCUGAGCUUUUUCAUUUAUUCAGCCAAAGAUGCAUUACUGUGUUUUUUUUUUAAAUGUGAUUUUUGUCUUGAAGGAAGAACUGAGAAUAUAUUCAUACUUAAGGAGUUGCUAAUACUUACUAGUUGAUAUAAUAAUGAAAUAAUUUAUAAAUAAUAAAUGUUUUACUUUUUAAGAUUUCUAUAGUCCCCUUUGAAAGAGGGGAAAAAAGAACUUGAACUCUCAGUAGAGCUGAACAAGGCAAUUAAAAGUAGAAAUUUUUUGGUCAAAACAAUGCAUUAGGGUUUUUAAAAGUUUGUAUCUUGGGUAUUUAUGAAAUUUCAAAAUUUAAAAUGACAUUUAUAUAAAUCCAUCUUUGACUUUCUAAAGUUUCAAGGGUGGGGGGCAAAUGAGGCAGUAUCAUGAGCUAUUUUCAGGCUAGGAGGAUAUAAUUAAGUUUGAGAAGAAAUGUAGUGAAUACCGUAUUUGGGGUUUAAGUCACUGAAGUAGAGUGUAAAGAUACGGAUGUUUUAGCCCUAGUAAUUAUCUCACAGAUGAGUCAUGUUGAGAAAAUGCUCCUUAAAAUCUAUUCAAUGUCAUACCCUUU